UUGGGGUGGAGCAGGAGGAUGCGCGGCUGGUGGCUCGGCUGGGCGGCGCGGCACCUCUUCCGCUACCCCGCUUCCGGCCGGCCGCGGCCUAUCGCCGUCGCCAUGGCAACCGAGGCCUGCUCGGGCCCAGCCGGCCUGGACGAAGCCCUCCGCCGAGCCGUCCCGCCGCUGCCGCCUUACGAGACGCGGGGGAAGGCAGCGGCGCCGGCCGGGGCCGCUCUGGAGCAAGGCGGCGCCGAGUUCAUGUGCUACUACCGGGCCUUGGAGCGCGGCCCGCCCCGGGCGCAGCUGCUAGGCCGCCUGGCCAGGGACUUCGGCGUCGACCACGGGCGGGUGGCCGAGCUGAGCACCAGGGUGGCCCGCCUGCAGCGGGAACGGGCCGGCGCGGAGGGCGGCGGCGGCGACGAGGCCGGCGGGCUCCUGCAGGCCGAGGACCGGCUGCGCCACUACCUCACGCCGCGCUACCGGGGCCUCUUCCAGCACCUGGGCCGGCGGGAGGGCGGCCUCCGCUUCCUGGUGGAGCUCCGCGGGGACCUGCUCGAAGCCCUGGCGGCCCGCCAGGCCGAGGGGCCGCACGUCCGGGAAAUGAAUGGAGUGCUAAAAAACAUGCUGUCAGAAUGGUUUUCUGCUGGAUUCUUAACCUUGGAGAGGGUCACGUGGCAGUCACCUUGUGAAAUUCUUCAAAAGAUUAGUGACAGUGAAGCCGUGCAUCCUGUCAGAAACUGGGUGGAUAUGAAGCGCCGAGUCGGCUCUUACAGAAGGUGCUACUACUUUGCCCACUGUGCAAUAUCCAGCGAGCCCUUGAUGAGCCUGCACGUGGCUUUACGAGCCGAGAUCUCCAGCAGUGUCCAGGGCAUAGUGAAGGAGAUUCCUUCUCAAGAAAUGGAGAAUAUGGACAAAAUCACCACAGCCAUUUUCUAUUCCAUCAGUUUGACUCAACAGGGCCUUCAGGGUGUAGAGCUGGGAACAUACCUCAUCAAACGAGUCGUUAAGGAACUUCAGGUGGAAUUUCCCCAGCUGAAAGUUUUCUCUACGCUUUCACCCAUUCCGGGAUUCACCAAGUGGCUUAUCGGCCUCCUUUCCUCCCAGUCGAAGGACGAGGGCAGAAGUGAUCCCUUCACAGAGCUGGAGUCCAAAGAAAUCUCCACGAUCACCGGGGACGGUGCCGUCGAAGUGCUAAAACGCCUCCUAACGAACAACGAGUGGGUGAGGUCGGAGAGACUUAAGGGCGCCGCGCAGCCGCUUCUGGCGCCAGCGCUAUACCUUUUACGGGAGAAGCACCGCCGUUACGCACUCAAUCCCGCAUAACUUCAUCCUUCCAAAAUGGCUUCGUUGUGGCCAACUGAUGGCGAUACAGCCUCAUGUAUCAAGAAGCGCUCGCGCAUGAUGGUCAACUACCGCUACUUCCUGGAAGACACCGCUCCCAACAGCGCUGCGUAUCUCGGAACGAAGCAGAUAAAAGCCUCAGAUCAGAUCCUCAGCUUAGUGUCUCAGUUUCAACAGAACAGCAAGCUUUGAAUAAACGAGGCAGCUUUGAGAAGCAGAUAUCUAUUUAAUUAAAUGGGCGAUUCGUUAAAAAAGCGAACGCUGCCGAUAAAUCAACGGUUCCCUCCCGUCCCCGCUUAAUCACAGCAGGGUUGAGUAUUAAACUUGUCAGGCUGUGUUCUUUGCCUGUGCCUACUUUGCCAGAGAGGAAGGGGAGAGGAUGCAAUCCGUUGGAGGCGACACUUCAACAAACAGGUUGAAUAAACUCUCCUCAGUGAAGCCAGGAGUGACUUCGGUGAACUCCGCAUCGUCUCUCGUGUAGCUUGCCGGAUCAAUACCCUUGUUUAAUCCUUGUCUUCAAAAGAACUGUGGAACACCUGAAUGCUCCGACACAUUAAAAGGAGGGCGAAUCAAUACCAGAGUUACCUCGACAGAAAGGGAUGAGUAAAGGGAAGGCUUCUUGUCCAUUUGCAUAAACAAAGCAGCCUUCCCUUCGCACUUCUCCAGUAAGCUAUUUGUUUUACAUACCCCUGCCCACUAUUCUGUGUUAAACCUUUUGAUCAAGCCGUCCAUUUCGACAGAGCACAGAAUUGCCAUCACUGACUUAUUGCUUUGCUUUAGCGAAGCAUGAAGAACGCCCCGGAGCUCUGUGUGUGCUCUCAGGACUGCAGAAGUGUGGAAUGAGGCAUGCUCAUCUUUUCAGUAGCUCCCUGGUUCUGCUUCAUGAAUGAAACGAACAGCUCAAAGAUCAAGAGUAGGGAGGGCUUGUAGGAUUUGCAGUUAAUGACUUUGCAGCAUUUCAGAAACUGCUUUAAAACCAAAACGGUGGUUUUCAAAAUUGCUGUUCUGUUUUCUUUUUUAUUGAAAAAUAGGAUAUUAAAAAGUGCCAUUUUAAAA